CAUAAAAACCUACUCGUACUGAAAUUAAGUGAAAUUUGUUUCUGGAGAAUAUUUUAUGAAUAUGAACAAUUUUAUGGAUUUUGAUAGAAUGUUCUGCUUUUAAUAAUAUUAAAUGUAUUUAAAAAAACAGAGGGUAAAAAAUGUAUUGGUAAAAUAAAAAUUUCAAAUUUUAUGGAUUUAAUUUAUUGGAAGAAGUGCAGUUUUCUCUACGUUAUAUGCAGCUGCAGACGGCGAUUUACCAGACGGAAUUCCACCACAGGGAGCUGCAAGCGGAGUACGACUUCUGCAAGAGGUCAUUCGAACGCCUCGCGGAUUUCGACUGGGCCUACACAGGGACAGGGGGCCGUGUGCACAGCCACAUUUCCAAGGCGUUGUCCGCCUUCUGGAGGAAAAUCGAUAAGAAGACGAGGGCGUACACUAAUGUCCUAGACCUCCUGGAAAAGAAGGCCGAGCUGGAAACCACCAUAAAGGAUUUGUGGAAAUCGCACUUAAAUUCGAGAUCAAGAGUAAGCGAUGAAGGAAUACAAUGCGUCUCCGGUUUCAAAGAACAUGCACAGAUGAGGCUCUUUAUCAACACCCUUAAAUUAAAAUGGACCCGUUACAACGCCAUGAAGUAUAAAUUCGCCUUGGAACACGUCCAGGAAAUGAACGAUAAGUUAAGGGACAUCAAAUACAAAACGAAGAAAAAAAGCAUAUUCAGUAUCAAAGGUUCUGGGAAGAUUAGAAAACUCCAAAACGACAUAAGCUGGUACAAGAAAAACGAAAAGUCCCUGUCGAAAGACGUUGAAAAACUGGAGGAUGCGCUUAAAGUUUUGGCGUACAAGCUGGACAUCGGAAAGCAGAAAUGGCUUUACAAAGCGCUCCAGCAAGCUUCUAAAGAGUGCGGACUGAAGAGUCUUCCAGUCGAUUUUGGAGAUGGAGUCGACAAAACCUGCAAGGGGCCAGUCAGCCUGCCGAGCUUUUUCUCCGGGCUUAGAGCAAAGUGGGCAAUGUAAAAUUUGUGACUGCUCCUUUCCUCUGUUUGGCUCUCGUCUUGCUCUUGCUCUUGAUGACCAUGACGCCCCUCUGUUCCGUCGC